AUGGAGGCCGAGCUCAAAAAACUUAUUGGUGAUCGUGGCAUGGUCAAGGCCGCUCUGACUCGAUUGAGUAGAUAUUUUAGCGAAUCAGGGCAUACAGCACAACUAAAGGCUUUGCAAAAACGGUUAGAAGCAAACAUUAAGUUAUAUAAUAGUUAUAAUGUUAUUCAAACUAAAAUCGAGCGCAUAACUCAGGGAACAGAAGCUGAAGCGACUCACGCAGCAGAUAGAGAAACUUUUGAAGAGACAUAUUUUAAUAUAAUCGCAGAAAUCGAAACGUUCAUAAAAAAUUCGCGACCACCUAGUAUAGUACCAAAUCAAGUUGUAGGACAAUCCGCGUCUCCCACAUCUUCGCAGGCACCUCUUACAGUCAAAUUGCCAACCAUACAUCUGCCAACAUUCGACGGUAACCUCAGCAAUUGGAUUAGAUUUCGGGACACAUUUAAUAGUUUAGUGCACGAGACUGAAUUAUCUGAUGUGCAGAAAUUUCAUUACCUCAAUUCUUCAUUAAAGGGCCCUGCCGCCCGAGUUAUACAAUCGUUAGGAGUAUCAGAGUCAAACUAUCAGGUAGCAUGGAACGCUUUAAAAUCGAGAUAUGAAAAUUCAGCCACCCUUCGAAAACACCAUGUCACGGCAUUAUUAGAUAUUUCGGCAAUCCAAAAACAGUCGUCAACCGCCCUUCGUGAGUUAAUCGAUGAUGCAAGAAAUCAUUUAGCAGCUUUGAAGUCGCUAAAUGAACCGGUAGAUUCAUGGGAUACGUUAAUAGUUCCAAUUUUAUCAAGAAAGUUAGAUGGUGCAUCGUUAAGGGAAUGGGAAAAGAGCGUAAUAUCAGCAGAGAAGGUUACGUUUCAAACCUUUGCCACAUUCCUUGAACAGCGAUCAUCAUAUUUAGAAAAUAUAACGCAUCAGAGUCAGGUAGCCGUACCAAAAGCUGAACCUCCCUUAGGGCUCGCAGGUAGUCGCAAGCCUUUCCGCGUAACAACCCAUGUAACAAGUGCACCUACUACCUGUCCCGCAUGUAGUGCUGCGCAUCCAUUGUACAAGUGCGAUAAAUUUAAAGGUCUUUCCAUUGAUGAAAAAACUAAAAUAGUCCAAACAUCUCAAAGUUGUUUUAAUUGUUUGCAACAGGGCCACCGCGUAAAGGCAUGCACACGUAAACAUUGCGAUAUUUGUGGCAAAAAACACCAUAAUUUGCUGCACCGCGUAUUAGUUUCACAACCCACCACAGUCAUUUCCGCAGAAGCAGGUCCUUCUCAAGCCGACACAACAAUUGCAUGCGUCGCAAGUUCGGACAUUAAUAAAUCAGAACAGACUGUAUUAUCCACGGCUGUAAUACAUAUUGAAGAUAGGCAAGGCCAAAAAAUCCAAUGCCGCGCGUUAUUAGAUUCUGGAUCGCAGUCGAAUUUCAUUACAUAUAGGUUAUGCAAAAAGCUAGGAAUUAGUUACGAAUCGACAGAAAUACAAGUUUUAGGGUUAGCUGGCAAGGCAAGUCACAUUAAAGAUAGAGUUAAUAUAAAGAUAGGAUCUAAGAUCAAUAAAUUUAGCGCUAACCUCGCGUGUCUUGUACUUAAUGAGAUAACUCAAGACAUGCCAAGUAUAGUUUUAGACAGUAUUGUGACUUCUAAACCAGCCCACAUAGUAUUAGCUGAUCCUGAGUUUAAUAAAUGUAGGCCAAUCGAUGUACUCAUGGGCGCAGGACUAUUUUGGCAUCUAUUAUGUGUAGGGCAACAUAAAGCAGGUAGUAAUUUACUUUGGCAGAAAACUCAGUUAGGAUGGGUUUUAGGGGGGAAAAUUAGUUGGCCCCUUACUGAAAAGAUUCAACGGUGUCAUCUCGUCACCAAUAGAGAUUUACAUAAUCAAAUUGAGAGAUUUUGGGAAAUAGAGAACAUUCAGGAUCGAUCUAGGUUAGAAAUAGACGAUUGUGAAGCCCUUUUUAGAGCCACUACGCGACAAGACGAGAGUGGCAGGUAUAUAGUAAGAAUUCCGUUUAAUAGCAAAUUAGAAGAAUUAGGUUUAUCGCUGCAGCAGGCCGAAAAUAGAUUUAAAUCAAUAGAAAGAAAAUUAAAUAGACAGCCGCAGCUGCGCGAACAAUAUGUAGAGUUUAUUAAAGA